UUAACAGUUUUAGGGCACAAGCAAGAGGUCAAGUCUCUCCAAAUUACCACUCAGUGUGUGGCAACUUCACACUCAAUAUCAGGCACCUUAAAUGCUGUGCAAGUUUUUUUUUCUUCCACUCAACUUUCUCUCAAAAACAUCCUGCCUGUGGAGGAAGUCAGUGUUUGUCUGCUGGACAACUACCAAGUCAGCAGUCUGUUUUCUGUAAUCAUACGACAUAACAUGGUCAUGACGUAACAUUUCUGUGUUAAACAUCCUUUUUCUUGGUCUUAUGAAAUAUUACAAGUUUUAGAGAAACUCAAUUCAGUGCUGAAUUUUUAUCAGCUGUAAGCCGUAGUCUUCAGAAUUAAUAGUAAUUUGUUUUAUUUUUGUUUUGAAUGAGAUAAAAAAAAACAAGAUUUUGGUCAUACUUUAACUCAUUGGGAUGAACUUGAAUUCUCAAAAGGUGGGCAUAGAUUUGGAACCUUCUACUCUUCUGGGGUUUAGCUGUUUGCUUUGUUUCCUUCAGGAAUACUGUCUGCAGAAAAUGUCCCUUUUACCCUGAAUUCCUUCUGCAGAGGUUGUAGAGAUAAGGAACAGUACAAAUUCCCCAGUUAGCCUGCCAAGGCUGGCCAUCUCAGGUGCUUGGCAGAUUCUCCUUUUGUUGAGACAGCCACAGUUGUCUUUCCAUUGAUUUGUAUUUCUUUAGGGAUAUCAAAACCUCUCCUCCAUUAAACGUUUGUACAGAUUUUUGUUCUUUUUUUAAAAUUUAGCAUCUUAGAAAAAAAAAUAAUCAAAGAUUACAUUUCUAAGUGGCAAUCCUUCAGAGUAAUAAAUCUGAAUAAGCUGAAGCCAUAUCAAACACUUUUGUUUUUACCAGCUGUCCAAGUGCUAUAAAACAGAUUAGUAUUAGCUCUAAUUGUCAGACACAAAGCUGACAAAUCCUUAUGUAAUGGUGGCCUAACCCACGGGAUUACAGUCUAUGCAAUGUAUGGAAAAGCUGCUCAAACAGAGCAGACGCUGCUGUUGGGGUCUUUGUUUUGAUUGCUUUGUGUGGUCUUUAUGAAAUUUAGUUAAAUCUAGAGCAAAUAAACACAUGCUGUCUCAAGACAAAGAGAUCCAAUUCAUAUCCAUUUAUAUUUUAAAAAGUUUUAAAUCAAUACACUUACAAUGCAAUUCAGUCACAAAGUGGGAUUGAGAUCCUAAUUAACAUGCAAUACAAUGCAGUUGAAGAACAUUUGACAAAAAGCCCCCUUGCGUUGAGUUGACCAAAUAAGCUCUGUGGUUUCCUCAUGUCGUAUCUCACUUUUGCAGCACGAUUGCUUGAUGUCGCUGACAAACCAAAGCGGCCAUGGUUGAAAAGUUUUUGGUGACCACAAAGGAAGAAGGGCAACAUCUGCUCAUCCAAGACAGCAUCGUCAUUGCCUUUCAGGACAGACGCCAGACAGCAUUGCAGAAAGAUGUGUUGGAAGUCAGUUUGUCAGUCUGUCUUUGAUGGGAAGUGAAAUGUUCUGUUGCAUUGUGCUCAGCGAUUAGACUUUCUCAGUUGUCAUGGUGGCUAAAGAUAAAACAGUUAUCGGAUGCCAGAAGUGUAGAGACUCCCACCAAUUCCAGAUAAAAGGCGAUGUCGCUAAGAGAGGUGCUUUCAGGUUUUACAUCACAAUUGGAGAAGGACAGACAUUUUUGUUGCUGAAUUUGGCAAUUUGUAAGAUGCAGCUCUGGGCACGGUAAUGGAUGAAGGUGUGCCAAGCAGGGGCUGGUAGGAGAUUCUCAUGGUUUGGGCCGAGUUGUGAAACACAUUCCAGCCGACUAAUAGCACCAAGCCUGAAGAGAUGGCCCUCAGCAUGAAUUGCCUUUACUGGACCAGCUGUGGACAGGGAUGCGUGUUGUGAUGGUGAUCAUUUACAAGAAAACAGUGGAAAAAAAGGGCGGUGACGAUGUAACAACAAAACGUACGGACUUGGGCACGGCGCAGACCAUGAGCCAGGGAGCAGCACUUUUUUCUUGUGGACUCAUGGAGACGAGCCGAUGGCGUGAGGUGGGGACCAGCUGCGCCUUGCAACAGCGGCCGGUCGGAACCAGCCUGGAGAGCCUGUGGGACGUCCUGCCCGACGUGCACAGAACUUCUGCCCACUGGGGCUGGGAUGUGGGCUCCACCUCCAGCACCAUCUCCAGCCUGCUGCAGGACCUGAGUCUGACCGAUUCCUCGCACUCCACCGCGCCCCCCAGCAAGCGCCAGUGCCGGUCCCUGUCCUGCUCUGACGAGCUGAGCAGCUGCCGCUCCACCUGGCGCCCUCAAGGCUCCCGGGUGUGGACUUCGGUGGAGAAGAGGAGGUGCCACAGCGGGGGCAGCGUUCAGCGCAGCGGCCUCGGGAACUCGCAACUCUGCUUCCCGGCUAUGCAGCGCAGCUCCAGCUUCAGCCUUCCCGCCCGCUCCGACGGCCAGGAGCAGUCCAGGCCUUCCGCUUUCUCUGGCCCAACUCCCAACUCCUCUGAUCCGUCUGCUCAGUCCCUCUACCUCUCCCAUGAACAAAUCUGCCUCCCUGAGGCGGAGGAACCCUCACCGGCGAGCUCGCCAGACUCCACUCCAGAACUUGAGCGUCGCGGUGGAGAAGGUGGCCUUGCCCGGAGUCGCUCCCAGCCGUGUGUCUUAAACGACAAAAAGAUCGGUGUGAAACGCAGGCGGCCGGCAGACUCUCAGAAACAGAGGCCUUCCCUGGAUCUGGCAAAGAUGACUCAGAAACUUCGGAAUUUCCACAGCCUCAGCUGCCCUGGGAUCACAAGCGACGACCCGUUAAAGUCUGGCCCGGUGGCCCUCUCUCUCAGGCCCAACGCCGAUGACCUGUCUGACAACGAGGACGGCCCGGAGCUCAACGGGAACGAGUCGUCCGACACCGACUGGAACCCCAGCGGCCGUGGCGACAACACGAUGGCAGGAACGACCGGAGGGAAGGACGGCGAGACCCUGUGGGUGGGGCUGUGCAGCAUGACGAGGGAUAUGUACCAGCUGGGAGGAGAGCUCGACAUCGAGCAGAUUGAGAGGAACUGAGCUGAGCUGCUUUUUUCUCCUCUGGCGGGGGAAGCUAAUCACGGGACUGGAAGUUUAUCACCAGGUGGUACAAUAAACAGUGCUGAUAGUCUUAAGGACAAAGUAAAAGGGGAGCUCAUGCAGAGAGCAUUCCAGGGCUUCUUUUUCUUCUUCUUCUUAAAGAGAGACUGAGCAGGAGUUUUGUGCUUUAAAUGUCCAUGUUUGGGGACUUUGUGUUGUUAGAGGCGACUCUCCCCCCCACUGUGGGGUGUCUCAGGAUAAAACGGAAGUCAGGGAAGAAGGAUCUGAGUUGAAAUAAGAAAAAAAAAAAU